AGCAUCGCGAUGCUCUCCUCGGCCGCCCCGAAGCGUCGCGAUGCUCUCCCCGGACGCCCCCAGAGCGUCGCGAUGCUCCUCCCUGGACGCCCCCAGAGCGCCGCGAUGCUCUCCCCUGACGCCCCAGAGCGUCGGGAUGCCUCUCCCCAGCCGCCUCGGAGCGUCGCGAUGCUCUCCCCGGACGCCCCAGAGCGUCGCGAUGCUCUCCCCAGCUGCCCCGGAGCGUCGCGAUGCUCUCCCCGAACGCCCCAGAUCGUCGCGAUGCUCUCCCCGGACGCCCCAGAGCAGCGUCGCGAUGCCCUCCCCGGACGCCCCAGAGCGUUGCGAUGCUCUCCCUGGCCGCCCCGGAGCGUCGCGAUUCUCUCCCUGGACGCCCCGGAGCGUUGCGAUGCUCUCCCCGGACGCCCCGGAGCGUCGAGAUUCUCUCCCUGGCCGCCCCAGAGCGUAGCGAUGCUCUCCCCGGACGCCCCAGAGCGUCGGGAUGCUCUCCCUGGACGCCCCAGAGCGUCGCGAUGCUCUCUUCGGACGCCCCAGAGCAUCGCGAUGCUCUCCCCAGCCGCUCCGGAGCGUCGCGAUGCUCUCCCUGGACGCCCCCAGAGCGUCGUGAUGCUCUACCCGGACGCCCCAGAGCAUCACGAUGCUCUCCCCAGCCGCCCCGAAGCGUCGCGAUGCUCUCCCCGGACGCCCCAGAGCGUCGCUAUGCUCUCCCCGGACGCCCCAGAGUGUCGCGAUGCUCUCUCCGGCCGCCCCGGAGCGUCGCGAUGCUCUCCCCGAACGCCGUGGAGCGUCGCGAUGCUCUCUUUGGCCGCCCCAAAGCGUCGUGAUGCUCUCUCCGGACGCCUUAGAGCGUCGGGAUGCUCUCCCCAGCCGCCCCGGAGCAUCGCGAUGCUCUCCGCGGACGCCCCAAAGCGUCGCAAUGCUCUCCCCGGACGCCCUAGAGCAUCGCGAUACUCUCCUCGGCCGGCCCCGAAGCGUCGCGAUGCUCUCCCCGGACGCCCCAGAGCGUCGCGAUGCUCUCCCCGGACGCCCCGGAGCGUCGCGAUUCUCUCCCCAGCCGCCCCGGAGCGUCGCGAUGCUCUCCCCGGACGCCCCAGAGCGUCGCGAUGCUCUCCCCGGACGCCCCAGAGCGUCGCGAUGCUCUCCUCGGACGCCCCGGAGCGUCGUGAUGCUCUCCCCGGAUGCCCCGGAGCGUCGCGAUGCUCUCCCCAGCCGCCCCGGAGCGUUGCUGAUGCUCUCCCCGUACGCCCCCAGAGCGUCGCGAUGCUCUCCCCGGACGCCCCGGAGCAUCGUGAUGCUCUCCCCAGACGCCCCCGGAGCGUCGCGAUGCUCUCCCCGGACGCCCCAGAGCGUCACGAUGCUCUCCCCGGACGCCCCAGAGCGUCGGGAUGCUCUCCCAAGCCGCCCCGGAGCGUCGCGAUGCUCUCCCCAGCCGCCCCGGAGCGUCGCGAUGUUCUCCCCGGACGCCCCAGAGGGUCGCGAUGCUCUCCCUGGACGCCCCAGAGCGUCACGAUGCUCUCCUCGGACGCCCCGGAGCGUCGCGAUGCUCUCCCCGGCCAAGCCAGCAAGGGCGUGGGAGGGUUGCGAGCAUCAUCGGUCAUCGGCGCUCGCGAUGAAGAGCGCCCGCUGCACUUCGUGCACAUGUGUGGAUCCUACUGCGUUUUGGGGGUAGAAGCGCUCAUUCCAAGCGUUUUUUUUCCGCCGGGUCACGUGGCUGCGCUUGUCUGGUCCUAUUGCCAAGCCAGCAAGGGCGCGGGAGGGUUGCGAGCAUCAUCGGUCAUCGGCACUCGCGAAUGA